AUGCCUCCCAAACGGAAACGCUCCGAGCCACGCCCUGCAGAGCUUUCGGAUGACGAGGAUCCUGACACUCAGCCCACCACCACAAUUAUCACUCCUGUCCUUCAAUUCACCCAACGCGUUAAUCGACAUGUCGACUUUCCUACCAGCUAUCCCAAUAUCAGUGAUGAUUCCACAACCCUCCCAAAUCUCUCUUCAACAAUGGACGAUGCUUUCGCAGAGCUUGCAGCCAUAGACCCUGCCUAUUUUGAUGCAUUGAGUGACGAUCUCAUUUCUGUAGGGCCACGAAAAAAGAGACCUUCAGAUUACCCAUUGAAAGAAUGGAUCAAGGAUAGCGAUGUGUUUCUGGAGGAAGAUAUUCGGUGGGAAGGGAGGGGGGAGUACAUGAUGGAAAACUGUUGCAUUCAUGAAGUAGGAUUGGACUUCUGUAAUUGUGAACACGCACAAGAUCAUUUUAUCCAACUUCUCCGAUUCCGAUGGUUUCCGGCCAGUGUCAAAAGUCCCAAGACUGCAGUGACUUUUCACUUGCUCAAACACUUUCAAAUCCUCAGCUUCGAAUCGAAGGUUUCAGCGUUUGAAUUCUACACAGCUCUGGCACGUGAAACGGAAAAUACGGGUAUAUCACCUUUGAAGGGUAGUUACUCCAUGCCAAUAAGACUACCCUAUGAGGGCCCAAUACCAUGGAUGAGGGACUCCCAUCUGGUUCUGGGACUCCCAAGUAUAUAUGUACCUAAAUCUCUAUUCCCUGGGACUCCCCAGGAAGAGGGACUCCCAUGGUUCUGGGACUCCCAACAUCUAUUCGACCACGACCCGACUCUCAUCCACAACUUCGAAAAAUCGAUAUUUACCGCAUCAACGUUCAACUUAGGCCCCAAUACAAUCACCCUCGAUCACACUGAUUCCGCCAACGUCGCUCAUGGUCUUUGCGCGAUCACAGCACUUGGCGACUACGACUACACGCUUGGCGGUCAUAUGAUUAUCUUUGAUCUCAAGCUUAUCAUUGAAUUUCCUCCCGGCUCCACUAUUCUCAUUCCUUCGGCGGUUUUUUGGCAUGGUAAUACGCCUAUCCAGCCAGGUGAGACCCGAAUGUCAUUCACUCAGUUUGUUGCUGGGGGGUUGUUCCGCUGGGUGAAGUAUGGUUUCAGGACGAAGGAUCAACUUAUCCUUGCUGAGGGUAAAGCACGCUUGUCAGAGAUUAACGGUAACUAUACUGAACGUUGCGAAAGGGCGCUCAGUCUCUUUUCGAAGCUGACUGAGUUAAAUGAGGAUCGUCGACGUGUAUUUGCCAAGUAG